UUGAAUGGGGGAGGUAGGAGAAGGCAGAGUCAGUGGAAAGGGGAAGGAGCCACCGGAGAGGAGAUGAACAGCCCUCUGCAGUGUUUACACUCAGAAUAUUCCAGGGCUGGUUUUGCUUUUCUCUCAGGUCCUGUCCAUUUCGGUACGGCCCAGGAGCUCACUCCUGUCCACAACGGGGCCGAGAGCAUCUACCAGAUUGGAGUGUCAGUUGGAGCUGUGUGGGGGCAGCCCUUCAUACGUACAGGGUGAGCCGGAGGAGACAUGGCCCAGUCACAUAGAUCAACAGUGGGCUCCAGUCUAGUCCCUAGAUCAUUGGUCCCUCGGAAGGACUCCCUGGGCACAGACGUCUUUCGCGAUGACAAUGGAGACUGCAUCGUCCGCUCCGACCUGGGCUGCUACCUGCAGACUAAAGAUUUCCUUGAGAGGGGGCAUGACAUCAAGAUCCGGAGACUGCACCCUGCAUGCCAGGGCGGGGAUCACUAUGUGGGCAACAGGCAGGAAUCCAAUAUCUACAUCAUCAAGGGCAGUUCCUACCGGGUGGUGAGGGACCUGAGCACAGAUAAGGGAGCUCAGAUCUUUGAGCUGCAUCCCAGGUGCCGCGGUGGGGACCACUACGGGAGGGCUGGUUGGACCUUCUUCAUCAUUUUCCAAAACCAGGGUGAAAUCCGCUGGGUGACUAAUUUGAGGACAGCUGAAGGUGAAAAAACCUUUGUCUUGCAUCCUGAAUGCUGCAAGGGGCUCUACUACUUUGGCAUCGAUCAGUACCUAGCCCUGAUCAAGAUGGAUGAGAAGUGGGGAGCUCAUUUCUACCUGUACCCAGAUGCAAGCAAAGACAAGCUGGACUCCUUCUUCUCCAUCCACCCCGACGUGCUGAACUUCUUCCCUGGGGGCUUGACCCUCACCAAGGGCAUCUCAACCUGUGGCUGGGAGUGCAUCAAGACCCUGCACAACAACUCCGACUCCCCCAUCACCUGGUCUGACAAGGUCACCCGCAAGGUGGGCUAUGCCAAGCAGAAGAUGUCCACCAUUGAGCACAACUGGAGCAUCUCCACUGAGAUGUCCAUCGGGGCUGGAGACCUCACCAAGCUCAUCACCCAGCUCCAGUUCUCCCUCAAGGCUGAGUACGGCGGGAGAAGCAUCCGCACGGAACAGGAGGACUGGAAUGAAGCCCGAGAAGAAGAGGAGUCAAUCCAGGUGACCCUGGAGCCCCAAAAGAACUUGCACAUCUGGCAGUACCAGCUCGGCAUAGGCCAGGAGCCCAUCUUGUUCUGCAGAGACAUCCAGUUCACCAAAGAAAACAAACCACCCGACCGCAUCCUGCUGCCUCCAGUCCCCUAAGUGCCCAUGAGGAUGGAGAAUGCAGCACCAUGAUGCUAUUCUUUGCCCUAGUAUUACCCCUUCCGGUCUUUCCCUCAGCUGGCCAAAUUUCACCCACCUCAUCCCAGCUGUUCUCCUCCUGGUUUUCCUCCUGUUCCCAGCUUUACUCAAAUCUUGUCUGCA